AUGUAUCGGCUCCUGAUCCUCAUUUUUCUGGCUCUGGAAUACCAGAGCGAAGCAUUCAACUUUUCGCCAUUUCCGAAUCGAGUGAUAAAUGCACCAAAGCAUCUGAAAACCCGAUUAAGUCAAACGCGGAGCUCCUAUUUUGGAUAUUCGCUUGUCAUCCGGCCAACGAGCAUCUUCGUGGGAGCACCUCGGGCACAGUCCACCUUGGAUUCGCAAAGCACCGUCAAUGAAACUGGAGCUGUAUUCAGAUGCUCCCUGGCAAAUGGAUCCUGUCGGCCGUACGUCCUGGAUAACACGGGAAAUGGUAGACCCUCUCAUGCCGCUACCUUCUCGCACGGCAAGGACUUCCAGUGGUUGGGCGGUUCAAUGGAUGGAGGCACCAAGGAUACGGAUAAAUUACUCGUAUGUGCACCCCGGUUUUUCGUCUAUCAGAAUGAGUACAACGGCGAAAUGCUCGGAGUUUGCUACUGGGUUCAGGAUACGGUGGCAGAAACUCCUCGUCUGAGCAAGGUAAAUUCCAUCAGUUCACUUCAUUGGCAAGGCGUGUCCAAUGCUACAAUGGCAGAACUGGGGCUCAGUGCCCACGUGACGGACGAUAACUCUAAGAUGCUGAGCGGGGCCGUAGGCGUCAUCUAUUCGAAAGGAGCGUUGGUAUUGCACCAGCGGAAAGAGCCAUCGACUAGAAAACGCCAAAAAGGAGAUGUCAUCCCACAGAACUAUGAAUCAAAACCGUUGAAACUGAAACAUUUGAAAGAAAAGAGCUUCAAGUACUUUGGCUACUCCGUGAGCUCCGGAUACUUUAGCAUAUACAACCGGAAGAAACUUUUUUACGUGGCCACCGCGCCACAUUCCAAUGUGGAUUUCGGCAAGGCAUAUAUUUUCACCGUGCAAGGAAAACAUAUCCUUGAGGAUCAUGUGUUCCAAGGAGAGCAGUUGGGCGAGUACUUUGGAUACUCCAUGGUGGCCGAUGAUUUCAAUGGGGAUGGGCUAACGGAUCUGGUCGUUUCGGCGCCCCUUAACGCUCUCGAGGAUUACCAUGACGUGGGCGCCAUAUACGUGUUCAUCAACGAGAGAUCGUUUUUCUUUAAGAAAAAGAUUAUUCGCCUGUCAUUGGGCAGUAAUGCCCGCUUCGGAACUUCCCUUUCAAGGCUGGGCGAUAUUAACCACGACGGAUACAAUGACUUGGCCGUGGGAGCGCCCUUUGAGGGAAACGGAGCGGUGUUCAUUUUCCUGGGCAGCGAGCACGGAUUGCCGGACCAGCCGAGUCAGCGACUGGAUGCUCCCUUGAGGGAGCCUGGCCCAUACGGAGCCCACAUGUUCGGACACGGACUCUCCCGCGGAUCGGACAUAGAUGGCAACGGAUUCAAUGAUCUGGCGAUUGGAGCCCCCGGUGCCGAGGCAGUGUAUCUAUAUCGCACGUAUCCGGUCGCCAAAAUUCAUGCCACUCUGAAGUCUCAAACGCGAGAGAUCAAGCCGGAGCGGGACAUGGUUACGGUCACCGCCUGCUACCGGCUGAACACCACUUCCCAGUCAAUGCAGGUGCAGCAUCAGCCGCUAACUAUCCGGAUUGUCAUAGAUGAGGUCCUAAAGCGGGUGAAAUUCGCUUCUUUGAACACCAGUGAGGUGAACUUCCAGGCGGAGGCAGAAUUAAACGAGAAGUGCCAGGAAUUUCGGGUUCAGGUGCGCUACACCGGUGCCAUACUCACGCCCAUCGAUCUCCAGAUGCACUACAAACUGGAGAAGGAGAUACCUGUUUCGCAACCAGAGUUCUGCGAAACCUGCGCCGUUGUCGAUCCCAUGGAUCCCACGUAUACCACGGAGAAGAUCCACUUCAUCACGGGAUGUGCCGGCAAUGUGUGUGUAUCUGAUUUGCAUCUGAGCACUAAGGAUGUGAAUUCUAGUUUCACCUUGGGCACCAAUGAAUCCCUCAGUCUGACGUACGAGAUCACCAACAGCGGAGAGCCCGCCUACGUGGCCCAAUUAAACGUGACCAGCUCCGCCCGGCUGCCCUUCUCCAAGGUUCCUGGGAACUGCAGGGUACGGGAAGAGGUCAUAUUGUGCGACCUGAACGGUGAACAAGCGAUGACCAAAGGCGACAUCGACUCCCUAACCAUCACUUUCGACGUCACCCAGCUCCGUGGACACUCUCUUACUAUCGAGGCAGCAGUAUCCUCUUCGGGAAUCGACCAGAACCCGAAGGAUAACAGGUUGAGCACUUUGAUCAGCCUAAAGGAAUACGCCGAGAUCGACGCUAGUGGUGGACCCGCAGAUGGCCAACUUGUCCUCAGGGAAUAUCCUUACUCCGCAGAAGUUAGCAACAGCUACGAGAUCAAAAGUCAUGGGCCCAGCAUUUUAUAUGAGCUCUCCCUGUUCGUCUACAUACCCAUAGCUUAUAGAACGGCCGAAUCCGCAGUGAUCAAGCCCAUCUUUAAUUUGAGCAGUCUACAGAUGCAGGCCACCCAUGGUGCCCAUCUGCUGCCCAUCAAGCUUUACGACCAGGAUAACACCCUGGCUAUAGAGUACCCCUUGGAGGAGGCCAGUCACAGUGAAGAGAUCGUAUCUUCUGAGAAUCGACAGCGCAGGGAACUCAAGCAGGAUCAGUAUGCCAUCACACCGGAUGUGGAGAGUAAGGACCUCCUGAUCCAAGAGGAUCUUUCCGUGAAUCGCACUCUUGUGCUCAGCUGCCAGAGCAGCAACUUGACGAUCUGCGUCCGCGCGGAAAUGCAGCUGCAAUUGAAGCCCGACCAGCCCAUCAACCUGAAUAUAAGCUUCAAUGUGGACCUGAGUACAGUCGUAGAUCCCUUCGAGUACUUUGUCAUCUUCACCGACCUGAAGAUGUCCACGAAGUGCGAUCCCACAUCGAGCUCGAUCGUGAUCAAGCGGAAUAUCAAGCCAAACGUGAUUCUCAAGUAUUCAGAGACACCACUGCCCAUCUGGUACAUCAUUCUGGCCCUGAUCGCUGGACUUCUGCUGCUCGCUGCGCUGACCUAUGUUCUCUACAAGCUCCGAUUCUUUAAGCGCGCCAAGAAGGAGGAGCUUCAGAGACUGAUGGAGCAAAGCCCCAAUAGGGAGGAGCCUGAGGAAGAUCGGGAAGGCAGCCAGGAAGAAAUCAGCCUUGAGCGAGAAUCUUACUCAGAUAAUUAA